CCCUGUCAUGGUUUGGUGCUGCCACGCACAAGCUGAGUUGGAGGAAGCCACCGCCGACGCUGCUGUCCUUCUAAAGGCCCACGAGCCCCGGUCUCUCUCUCUUCGCCCCCGUGUUUUCCUCUCGACCCCUCCGUGACCCGAGCAUGACCGCGCACACCGUCGAAGCAAAGUCCCUAUCUGCGCUAACGAGCCUUGCCUCGAAUCCCCCGCGCUAUCCGAGGAACCCGACCCAUGAGCGCCACGAGCCUCUGGUUCUCUACAUUGCCAGAGUGCCUGGCAGCAGAGAUGUCUUCCUGACCCCGCUAAAACCGCGCCAAAAGAUUGUCACCGCCGAGGAUGUCCAGAGCUCGCUCUACUACCUGCACUUUGACAGUCCCGACGACGAGGUGCUCAAGGCCGAGGCUGCCGUCGACGACGACUUGUCCUCGUCCGACACCCAAUCGCCCGUAAAAGAGCACGCGCCAGUCGUGCGCAAACCUUUGCGCAAGCCGCUGCCUCCAUUGCCAAGUGAAGAUGGUGCAAUUCCUCCUCCCACCACCAUCAAGCGCAAGCCUGUCGCGCCUCCCGUCCUCUCGGUCAGAGACGACUCGGAGAACAAGCACAAUCUCCCCGCGCCCUUGAGAAUCCAAAUUUCUCCGUCAAAUGGCCGCGUGUCGCAUCAGCGCGGCCAUUCUUCCUACGAUGUCCCUACCCUGAGAGCGGAAAAGCCACGCCCCACUUUGGACACUUUCUCUCACCAGCGCGGCCAUUCUUCCUACGACGUCCCUACUCUAAGGCCAGAAAGGUCACGUCCCACAUUGGACACUUUCUCCCAACAGCGUGGCCAUUCUACUUACGAUGUCCCCACCCUGAGGCCAGAAAAGUCACGUCCCACGCUCGACACCUUCUCUCAUCAGCGUGGCCACUCUUCUUACGAUGUCCCUACCGUGAGGCCAGAAAGGUCGCGUCCCACACUCGACACUUUUUCGCACCAGCGCGGCCAUUCUUCCUACGACGUUCCCACCCUGAGGCCACAGAAAACGCGUCCCACAUUGGACACGUUCUCCCAUCAGAAGUCUUCCUACGAUCUGCCUACUCUGAGAAUGGGAAAGUCGCGUCCCAAAUUAGACACUUCCUCCCAAAAUAGUAGCUUUUCUGCCUACGAUCUACCCGAGAUACCCUUAGAAAACACCCGUCCCAGAGCACGCGUUACUUCCCGUUAUAGCUACCAAUCGUCGCGUACGACAAGUAGCCAAUAUAGCAUCAAUCCCGAAGAUCGCCUUCCGGAACAUCCGGGAUUUAUGGAGCAUAGUCCACCUAGGACUGUGCGCGGUUUGGACAGAAGUUCCCCUUCCUCAGAUCACAUGAGCUUUUCAGACUCAACUCCACCAAAACCUUUGCGGCAGGUGGAUCAGAGUGUUGACGACGUAUGCCUGACUCUCAUACGACGAGACCCUGCUUCUGGAGCACAGUGGAAUGUUGGAAAAAUCAGGGAUCCGCAAGUGUUCGCCAUAUCGUCUGAGACUUUUGGAAGCAGUGCAACGCAACGUACCAAAAGAGCGGGCACGCCAAUGCACUUGGAAAUCAACAACCCUGGAUACACUAAAUUUUGCCAACAAGAGACCAACGGACCCCUGCCAACAAGAUCAAGCCAGGAAAGCAUAAGGACCUCGCGAACCAGCCUGUCAGAUUCAGGCAGUCUGACCUUCGGCCCAGAUACCACCUUUAGGCGGCGAAUAUGGCUCGAAGGUGCUCGGUUGACUCCGGAUUAUUUCAGCCAGCAAAGGUUGUCGUCAAACGCUUCAGCAUACGGUGUGGAUACGAUUCGUUCGCCUGGGGAGGAUGGCCGGCGAACUAUCAAGUCCGGCUUCAAGGGUUACGUUUUUCAGAGCCCGUGGAAUGGAAGAUGCGAAUUUGUCACUGGGGCUGCUGGCAGCUCUUUGAAGUGUAAACAUAGUCUUCCCGUCAGCAACCCUGUUUUUCAGUCACCGCAAUCAGUCACCGUCAGUGAAUUGCGCUUCAACCUUCCCGCGAUUCCAAGCACACCUAUGGAAGAUGGCUCCGUAAAGCGGUCUUCGUUUUUCGCACGGCCCACCUUACAGAAACGGAUGUCUGGGCUCACAAUCAACGACCAUGCUGAGCGAAAUGGUCACUGGCAGCCAGAGCGGAACAGUCACUGGCAAGAUAUUCUAUCGGGUGGGACAAACCUGGAUCUAUCUCUUGGGCAAGAGUCGGCGGGCGGAGGAUUUGGUGGAAACAAAGCGAAGUUGGGCAAGCUCAUCAUUCAAGAUGAGGGAUUGAAGAUGUUGGAUCUGAUCGUCGCGGCGAACAUGAGUAUCUGGUGGAGGGCAUAUGGUAAAGUCGAGGCGGCUGGGCGGUGAGGAUUGGGAACAGGUUAUGUGGCCAGGAGCCAAAUCAGGACCAGGACGUGGAGAAACAGGCGCGACAGCAACAAAACAAGCUGUCCGCCUGCCCCGGUGGGAUAAUCAAGGGUACGAUGUUCGACUUCGUAGUGGCUUUCUCUUCCUAGUGCUGUGCACUUCACUUCAAAGCUUAAUUCACACUUUCACGCGCACGCCCCG